AUGCACGAACGAACGCACAGCCUUCCAUGCCGUUGCGAAAUUUGUGGGAAGGCCUUCUCCCGCCCAUGGCUUCUCCAGGGCCAUACACGGACACACACGGGGGAACGUCCCUACACUUGCGACGUUUGUGGCCGAGCGUUUGCCGAUCGAAGUAACUUACGAGCGCAUGCCACCACACAUUCCAGUGUUAAACUUCAUCGAUGUUUUGUCGCCGGCUGUGGUCGAACUUUUUCGCGCGCAGCUUUGCUUGUUAAACACAACGAAGCAAGGCAUUGCAGGAAGAUUGUGUGA